AUGGCAACCAAGAUCCUCGGUGCAGGGGCCAUGGGGCUGCUUGUGGCGCAUGAGUUAGCCCGAUUAGGAAAAGACCCGGUGUUGCUUUUCAAGUCGAAGCAGCGUCUAGGGCUGUAUCUUUCGGCAGGAUCGAAAAUCACCUUAGUGAGGCCUCACAACGAGUCUGUGGAGACUACAGCUCAAACCAUCAAGGGCGAAUUGGCGCCGCUACCGUCUGUGAACGGUCCGAUAGAGAACCUCGUCAUUUCCACAAAAUCGCAUUCCACCGUCACCGCUCUCGGUCCAUACAUUCCGUUUUUGAACGAGACCCUGAACGUGCUAAUAUUGCAAAACGGCAUGGGCAUGGCCGAGAAGCUCAAAAGCACUUUUUGGGCGUACUCUGGAAACAUGCCUUCCAUAUACGAGGCCAUCUCGACGCACGGAGCAUACAAACUGACGCCGAACCAGGUGAACCAUGUUGGAAUGGGAAAACUCACUAUAGCGCCAAAGUUCACGAAAAACUCCGAAACACCCGAAAUGAUCCAGGAUCUCUUGAAGAGCUCUGGUCUCAAUGCCAGCUACGUUUCUCUGAACGCUAUGCUUAUCACGCAGAUGGAGAAAUUGGUAGUGAACGCUUGCAUCAACCCACUCACCGCCUUGCUAGAUUGUUUCAAUGGUGAUCUUCUUUACGGCGCUCAGGUUAUCCCAAUGAUGAAAAAGGUGACGAAAGAGGCCGUUCAGUGUUUUCAAGCCGAGUUUGGUGCUCAGAUUGAGGACAUUGACGGCGCUAGAAUGCGGUUAGAUCCAGAUAGACUCAUAAACACCGUUUUGGAGGUUUGCAAGGCGACAUCGCAAAACAGCUCCUCGAUGAGAGAGGACGUUAGACACAUGAACAAGACUGAGAUUGACGGCAUCAACGGUUAUAUUGUCGGUCUUGGAAAAAAGCACGGCAUUCCUACCCUGACGAACAAGUUGUUGGUGCUGAUGGUGAAGAACAAGGUAUCGAUCGAGCGUGGAAUCGAAAAGUCUGCCCUCGAUGAUAUAUAA